AUGCGUUUUCAGAACGCGUUUUUUUCGCAGAAAUUUACACCAUGGGCGAAACGGAAAUAACGAAAGCUAUAUAUUAUUUCAGGUUUUUCUUCAAAACAAUUUUUUGAAUAGAAAAAUUGAAAAUUUCCCCGUUGUCUCCCACACAGUGCGUCCGAUCGGAAUCAAAUCUUUUUUUUAAUCAGUACCUUAGUCAAAUUGAAGUGCAUGUGUUUACUUUCUUCACCAUGUUAGUAAUUAGUACCAUUACGAAAAAAAAACACAUGUUUUUUGGCGAUACUUUCAGUAUUUUGCUCCUACUGAGCUCUAGGAUGGUUUUUUUUGGAAAUAAAACACAAACACGCACUCCGAUUUGAUCCUAGUUGUCACAAAAAAAGUUGUAGUUAAAAAAAAUCGAAGUAUAGAGUUUUGCAAGGGAAAAAUUGUUGGUCUGUGUGGGUGUGAGUGAAGAUAAGACCUACCCCUAUCUACACCCCACAUCCUCACAAUUUCUGCUGAUUCUUACAAUCGUUCAGAAAAUAAAGAAACAUUUUGUCAGACAACCUUUGAACUAUUCAUUGUAAAUUUAACAUCUUUUGUCAUUGUAAAAUCUUUGUUUAGUAUCAACAUCAAGCAUUCAUCGACAAUUAUGUUCUUGGCAAUGUCAUCAAACUACAUCCACUUCAACAACAGUAAAUUCCACUAAUGAAUAUCUUUUAUUUGAACAUGAACAAGCUUCACAACAAAUACGUCAAGAAGAAAAACAAAAAACAUCAUUAAAUAAUAAUCCUCUUUUACAAACAUUAAAAUUUGAUCAAGAACAACAAACAAUUCAAAUAAAUCAACAUGAUUCACAAACAAGAACUGAUUUAAUAACAACAACAGAAACAACAACAAGUCAAGAAUAA